AUGACAUUUCUCAAUGUCAUUUUUGAGACACACGUCUCUGUAAUGUUUGAACGUGGAAGAUUUCUCCAUCUGGGUUUUUUCCAAUUGCAGAAAAUGGGCAAAAGGGGUGGCGCUGAAUCGAGUGACAACAAUCAAAGGAUUGAUGUAUCAAUAACGAAAGAACAAGGAAAGGGGAAGAAAUUAUGGAAGAAGAUGAAGUAUCAGCUUGUUGAAUACCACUCGUUGCCUGCGUAUAUGAAAGAUAAUGAAUUCAUUUUAGGCCAUUAUCGUGCUGAAUGGCCUCUCAAGCAGAUUUUCAUGAGCAUCUUCACCCUUCACAACGAAACCCUUAAUGUUUGGACACACUUAAUUGGGUUCUUCCUUUUCCUAACCCUAACAAUUUAUAGUGCGAAAAUGAUCCCAAAUGUAGUCGAUAUCCCAACCCUAAAACAUUUCCCAGAUGUAUUGCGAAGAACCGAUCUUUAUAAACUUCGUGAAGACCUUUUAACUUGUAUUCCUUCAAUGCCUAAUAUGCCCGAUUUACAGAAACUCCGAGAUGAAAUCAAGACUUCAUUUCAUGCAUCAUCGGACCUCCUGCCAUUAAUGUCAAAUUGGCAUAUUGUCGAACUUCUUACAAAUUGUUUGCCUGAGCGAUUCUCACAUAGCAAUCACACCGAUAUAUGUGUUCUUCAAAGCAUGAAAGAAGAUGUAGCAAACAUAAUCGCGCCAUUAAUAACACGACCAAUCACAAAAUGGCCAUUCUUCGCAUUCUUAGGCGGAGCAAUGUUUUGCCUCCUAUCAAGCAGUCUCUGCCACCUCCUCUGCUGCCACUCAAAACGUCUCUCCUACAUCAUGCUCCGCCUCGACUACGCCGGCAUCGCCGCCCUAAUCUCCACCUCAUUCUACCCGCCCGUCUACUACGCGUUCAUGUGCCACCCUUUCUUCUGCAAUCUCUACCUAGGGUUCAUAACCCUUUUAGGAAUCGCAACAAUCAUGGUCUCACUCCUACCCGUAUUUGAUCGACCCGAGUAUCGAAACAUCCGUACGGGUCUUUUUCUUGGAAUGGGGUUGUCGGGUGCGGGCCCCAUUUUUCAUAAACUUGUGUGGUUUUGGAAUCAACCAGAAGCGGUGUAUACGACUGGAUAUGAGAUCUUGAUGGGGACUUUUUAUGGGAUUGGGAGUUUGCUUUAUGCAACGAGGAUACCCGAGAGGUGGAUGCCCGGGAAGUUUGAUAUUGUGGGGAAUAGUCAUAAUUUGUUUCAUGUGUUGGUGGUGGCCGGAGCUUAUACGCAUUAUAGGGCGGGGUUGGUGUAUUUGAGGUGGAGGGAUAUGGAAGGGUGUUGAUGGGGAAUAAGUAUGUGUGGUUGUGAUAUUGUUGUAUAGUUUAGGAAGAUGUGGAGGUUUUAUAAAAAAUAUUCAUCAUGAUGAUGAGUAUGUGAUGUUGUUGCAUAUAUGAUAUAUCCAUCCAUGAAUAUGUGGUGAUAUUACAUAUGUGAUGUAUCCGAUCCAUUUGUAGUUGGAACUUUCUUAUAUCACAAAGACCGUAUUUCCUACUUUGGGCUUUAUUAAUGAUAACAAACUUUGUUAUGCAAUAUGUACUUAUGCUAGUGAAAGUAGUUCCUAAUAUUUGGUUUGAAUGAUACUUUUGAACGUUUGUUAUGCACUUAUGGUAGUGAAAAUAGUUCCUAAUAUUUG